AUGGCGUUACCCAAUGUCUACCACCUGCGGCGGGUUGCGGAUACCUCGUCCAAAGCAUGUUUAAUAUGCUUCAAGCCAUCAACAAGUGUGUUGAUUACCCCAGACAACAAGGACUUCUUUUACGUGUGCCCCUCACAUUUGCAAGACCGCAAUUUCUGCUCGGCUAUAGUUGACACAGAAGGCGAAGCAGCACGCCUUAAAGAGGAGAAGAUGGCUAAGGAAAUCGAACAAGUAAAAAAGGAGUACGACGAAAAGCAAAGACGAAAAAAAGACCGCCAGAAUAAAUCCGACAAGGACAAGGAUGAGAAAGAGAAGGACGAAUCUAAAACGAAAGAAAAAGAGGACUCGGGCUCGAAAGCCAACGACGAGAAAGAAAGAGAUGACAAGAUCGAUUCCAUUCGAAAGGCCGGUUCAGAGUCCAAGCCUGACAAUUCACCCCGAGUUUUUGCUCUGCAUAAAACAUUUUAUCAAAUGCGGAUAGACCGCCUGAAGGGCAUUGAAAUGGCCAAGCGAAACCAGGAACGGAUGAAAAAUCCUUCAUUAUUCCCUUCUGUUCCCAAGGGAGACAUUUCAUAA